AUGUGGGUCAAAUCCAUCACCCACCAUCCGACGGACUCAUCAUCUCCCACCGGCACCGCCCCAAUCGCCAUCCCCCAGCAGGCCGGAGUUGGACUGUUACCCCCACAACAUCCAUGGGGUCAUAAUCUCGGUGGAUCACUCCCAAAUGUGCAUCAACUAUCCAACUAUUCGCCACCACAAUGGGCACAACCACACUGGCAGCAAGAGGCGAUUGGAAGACCCAUGCAAGGUCAUCGAAGUAGGUCACCAGAAGAUCACAUGAUAGGAAGCGCGUCCGGCUCACCGUCCCACCAUCACUAUCAUCCAUAUGGAGCAAGAUCGAAUGGUCAUUCGAGGAGUCCGGAUCGAACGCCCCCACAUCAUCCGCAUUAUGCACCGUAUGGUGGUCCGACGUACAACCAACCAGGACAAUUGGUACCGCCGGAAUCUUGGAAUCAGAUCAACCGCGCUCGAUCGGAUCCAGCAAUCCACAACAUGGGCGGAAUGCAUCCGAUGCACCAAAUGAUGCAUCACCCUGCACAUCAAAUUCCAAUUCAUCAAAUGCCACAAUACUCGAUGCCCGGACCAUCGGGAAUGAUUCAGAAUCCACAACAACCCCAAUCGAAUCAACACUCUCCGCAGAUGACACCACAGGGAUCACAACAAGGAUCCCCGGUUCAAAUGCACCAUCAAAUCCCGCCCCCUCUCCAAAUGGGCGGAGCCAAUCAGAUUCAGGGCAAUGGAAUGUCACCGUUACAGUCGCCGAAUCAUAUGAUGACGCCUAUGUAUGGAUAUCACAACGGAUCUCCUCUCCACUCACCAAUGGACUCUCCUCAUGCUUCAACUCUAAUGCUUGAUGGCUCAGGGACACCUCACAUGGAAUUAAGUCCGCCUGGAAUGAUGCACGAUUUCGAUGCAGGAAGUCUACCGAAUCUUCAAAUGCAACAGCAACAACAGCAAGAAUACACAAAUGGCAUCAACAACACUACGCCUUCAGGCUCUUCCAGUGGUUACUAUCACGCCCCCAUUGGAGCCAGACACAGUACUGGCGCGUGUGGUCCACGACUGGUACCUGGGCCCGCGUUGACGCCAGAAUCACAAUCAGCACCAACGUCUCCGCAUAAUCAGCUGGAUCCGAAUCAGCCGUUGAUGUGGCCGACGCGAACGUUUUCGAAUUCACCGGAAGCCCUAGAUAUUCCAAAGUUGACGAUUACGAAUGCAGAAGGAGCACCCGGGCAUCACGUGGACUCGUAUAAUGAUUUUAAUUAUUCAAGUUAUCCCUCAUUUUUUCAGGACCUCGGCCUAGAAUCUCUGGACAACGUGUUAUGUAAUGGCUCUGGAGCUCCGCCCAUUCAGCCCAACAACUCAUUCCACGACCCCGGCGGCACCAUGCUUCAGAAUUAG